AUGGUGUGGAGUAUUUUAGCUGAUAUUGAUAUAUAUUAUGCUGUACAUGAUAUAAAGCCAGAGGAUGUUGGGCUAAGCAAUAGGCUGCAGAAGAUCUUCAGUGCUCAAGAUGCAGCUAAAGGGCAUCUAAUGGAAGAUGGAGUUAAAGGGUCUCCAAUUGUGACAUACACAACCAUAUACAAGUUUUCGAAAUUUUCGCAUUCUUUUUGUUACUCCUUUGUGCAACUAUGCCUUUUCUUUCUUCCUGCAACUGCUGUUAUCCCCUUGCAUAACCAUCCGGAAAUGACUGUGUUUAGCAAACUCCUUCUGGGAACAAUGCACAUAAAAUCGUAUGAUUUGGUUGAUCCAGUGAGCUCCCAUGACUCUCCGCCACAUUCACAACCUAGAUUCGCAAGGUUAGUAGCGGACAAUAAUUUCACAGCGCCUUGCGACACUUCUGUAUUGUAUCCAACCACCGGUGGCAAUAUCCACGAAUUCACAGCUAUUACAACGUGUGAAGUGCUAGACGUGCUUAAACCUCCCUAUUCGAAAGCUGAUGAUCGAGACUGCUCACACUACGAGGAGUUUCCAUUCUCUGCUUUUUCAAAAAAUUCAGUGAAUACGGAGGAGGGUGAGUGUUAUAGGUGGUUGGAAGAGAUUGAAGUGUCGGAGAAUUCACAGAUGGAUGAAAUUGAGUACUUAGGUCCACAUAUUGAUGAUAAAUAG